CGGGUGAGCGGUCGUGGAUGCUGGAGCGCGUGUGCGCAUCGGGGUGUGUGCGUGCGUGCAGGUGUGUGUAAGUGCAACAUCGCCACUGGGGAGACAAGGGCGGUCAGGCGCGGUGCUUGUCACUCACCCCCUCGUGUGCCGUGCCGGCCUUCAUAGGGCAGGAUGAGCGCAAUGGUGAGUGGGCAGGGCACGGGGAUCGAGACAGCAGAGCCCAUGGCAGGUGACGAGAGGCGUGCCGUCUCCGAAUUUACGUACCUCCUUGACAAGUCACGGCAGCUCUUCAACGGCCUACGGGACCUGCCGCAGUAUGGACAAAACCACUGGCAACCUCACUUCACGCGCACCUUCGAUGUGUACACACGCCUAUGGAAACACCAGCAGCAGAACCGACAGUUGUUGGAUGCACGGUUUGGCCUGAAGCGAUGGCAGAUUGGGGAGAUUGCUUCCAAGAUCGGGCAGCUCUACUAUCACUACUACCUGCGAACGUCUGAGACCGGGUACCUGAACGAGGCCUUCUCCUUCUACUCGGCGAUCAGACAGCGCGGUUACUACAACAGCGCUGACACAGACACACGUCCGGACCUGUGCGUGAAGAAGCUGCGCUACGUCGCGCGCUUCGUGGUCGUGUCGCUGCUACUUCACAAGUACCAUGUGGUGCGCGACCUGGUCACGGAGUUGACCAAUGAGGUGGGAGCGUACAGCAGACAGCACGGUGGCGAUGAGCAGGAGUGGAGGAUGGUGCUGCAGGAGAUACAGGCGUUUGUAGACGCCGAUCCAUGGCAGUUUUUGGGUGAGGGAGGCCCUAUCGCCGUGGCGACGUGCCGGCUGGCGCCCAGUGAGGCGCUUGCCCGGCCGCACGGCCUCCUGGUGCCCACCCCUCUCGCCCUCGCCGACGCCAUCCUGGUCGGCAACUGCGCUGAGCAGGUGAAGUUUAGCGAACUGACGCUGGACAUGUUCCGCAUGCUGCAGGCCCUGGAGCGAACACCCCGAGGCCACGUAGCCCCGGCAGACAGGACCCCUCCAGCCAGGCCCCAGGAGCCUCCGGAGCGUCGUAGAGAAAACCCCCACAAGUACCUGCUGUACAAGCCCACCUUCAGCCAGCUCUACACGUUUGUGGCCACCGCCUUCAGGGAGUUGCCGCCUGACUCGGCGCUGCUGCUCUAUCUCUCGGCAUCUGGAGUGUUCCCUCCUUCCGACUGCAAAGAGCGAGGGCCGUACGAGCAGGGAGGCGUGAUGACAUACACGCGGCGCGACAUCGCAGCGCCAGACCCGGCCACGCCUGCGGCGGCGCACACCCCACUGCUACGCCACAUCCACUGCCUGCACCCCGGUGACCUCCUCCCCUUCACCCGAAAGCCGCUCGUCGUCGUCGUCGACUCGCCCAGCAGCUCAGCCUACAAGGGCGUGUACAGUCCAUUUGGCGUUCCCCUGCUGUGCCUGCUGUCCCCCACAUCGUGCCCCAAGCACCUCACAGGCUCUGGUGGCGGUGGGCUGUUGACUCUUUUCCUGGCGUGCCCUGUGGCGGGCUUCGCCUGCUUGUGCGGCAUCGGGGGGCCCUUGCCCGCAUCACUCGUCGCCACAUGCUGCGAGCGGGUGCAGCAGGGCGAGGUGGAGGCGCUGGCGCUUCUGGGGGCGUCUCAGCCAGAGCCCUCCUGGCUGCCCUUCCUGGGGGACGUGUUUAUCCGCCGCCUGGUGGCUCGGUUCAUCCUGAUGUCGUGCGCCAUGCGCGCACAUCGCCAACUCCGGGCGUUGGGCUCGUUUCCUGAGUCGCGGCCUCCCCUUCCCACGGAGGAUCUUCUCUCGAAUCCGCGUCUGCUGGCGCUCGUGCGGGAGCUGGCCACCUCGCUGGACGCGCGACCCGCGUUCGUAUGAGCGGCUGCGUUGAUGACCACGCACGCCACAAUCGCCAUCACCCUGCCACCGUUGCGAACGUAGCCGUGUGUGAAACUUUACGUCGGUAAAUUCUCCUAAACAUCUUCACGGAAAAGCAAUAAUUGUAGCGACCAGGUUUUAAUAUUAUCUGAUAAAACUUGAUAAGAAUAUUACCGUGAUGAGCAAAACAGAUUUUUAGAAUGGGUUAAAUAUUUUUUAAACAUCUAAGAAGGCAAACAAAAGUGGAACGUAUACUUUCUAUUCGUACGUCAUUUUUACCGUAAGCACACCAGGAGUGAUGGAACAUGGAUCACCGAACGACUGAGAAGCGCGUUGUUUAUGCACACACAGAGAGAAUUGUUCCAAACAGAUUUUAUGGUAUAAAAAUUAUUACAGGAGCACCAAUUUUUUUAUAUAACGAAUUACAUAAAAUAUUACCCGUAUUGAGAACAAAAGCACUUGCUAUCACAACAUGUUAGGACUUAUUUAAAAUAUAAACACAACCUUUAAUAGGUAGAAAUCACACGGUUGAACAUUUCCAAACGUUAACAUCUGAAAAUCACUAAUCCCCCACACAUUUUGCAUGCUGUCUACCAUUUGUUUAAAUCACGCUUCAUGAGCACAGGCCCAAUAGCCUAACAAGUCAAGCAGCCAGCAGCAAAGAGCACUCUCACAUUUCUAAAUAAGUUAAGAGUAUAUGAAAUCUUGGGAAUUCAAGUACUUUAGUUAGGAAUAUAGUUGAUAUAAAUGCCCAGGGCUGAUUAUAUUUUGGACUUAAUUAUGAAUGUACCAUUUAAGUUACCAAUUUUUUUUUUCUGAUCGGUGUACAUGAUAAUAAGGUUGUCUAUGGUAGAGAAUGUUGAAGAGAGGGCAAGUGUACUUUUUACACAUGUGAGUGAAUUGUCCACUCGUGUCUUCAAUUACAACACAACUCUUACCCUAGUUUGUUUUGUAUAGCAUCCUCACACAUAGUUGAUCCUGCUCUAUGGACUGGCUUGUGAAAUAUUCGCCUGUCACGGUUGAUUAUGACCAAAAGCUAGCAGAUGGCACUGCGAGUCUGUAACCACUCGCGACCGAUCUCCGUGGGCCGGAAGCAUCGCGCGUGCGUUCCGGGAUCAUCCACAUGGCUGGGAAUAUCACGUCCCCACACGGCUCCGUGCGCCAGCCCUUGACCCUCCCCACACCCUCUGUGGCCAGAGGCUGACAACAUUUAGCAUAGGCACAGAUUAGGUUAGAUUUUUUUAAGUGAGCUGUGUGUUUGUAAUUAUCCGACGGCAUUUUUUUUACGUUGAGCAGAGCUGAGAAGAUGAACUGAACGAGAAACGUCACCAAGCACGCGCCCCAUUUCCGUGCCGACCCCGCGAUGUGACGACCCCGCGACGUGACGACUAGACUCGAAGUCGGCUCACGUGUAGGGCUGCUUUCUGCCUGGGUUUGACCCGGGCACUCCGGCAACCGGCAUCUGUGUUCGCGUGGCAGAAAUUUAUUUGUACCAAGAUCUCAGUAGCGGCACUGUGUUGAACCUUAUUUCAGUUUUGCUGGACAGUUUUUGAUGAUAGACUGAGGCUGACUGAGAGAUGUUGCCUGAGUUUGGUCUGCAGUGGAAAAGGUGGCGAAACCCCACUCGUGUGUAAGUGGCUCGGUGUGAGCACGUGCUCGCGAGUUCACUUGCAGUCAUGGCCCGAGGCCUCUUGGUGGCUCGGCCCGGCAGGGUGCUGUGGGACACCGGGCUGAGCCGGCGAACCUGGCUCCAACAACUGAGCCGGCACAUUUCCCAUUGGACAACCAGAUAGAGCGUACUUUACUCCGCCAUCGCUCGACACGCCCGAGUCAAGGGAGCACCUCCCCUCGUCUCUGAAACCUCGUGUGAAGAAGCUAAGCACAGUGAGAGAUAUCGAAGUUGCCUCUGACUUCACCGAGACAGUGUGGUUGCUUUUUCUCAUUUCUCAACGGCACUGCAAUGGACGGGUCUUGCUCAAUUUGGCAUUGAGCUGACGCUCAUCUCUCGCUUACAGCCCGGAGCCAGUGGUGGAAAUUCCCUAAUUCCUGUGGCAGGGCGAAUCCCUCCAUAGGACAACCACUGUUGACUUCCCCAUCAAGUGGUGUUUGUUUUAUCGACACUGGAGGGAUGAUAGAUGACGGAGUCAUUCCCAAACCGGGAUGUGAACUUGAAACCUGCGAACUGCUCGCUCUACCGCAGAGCCUCCAGGUCGGAUAUUUGGUGGAAAGACUCCUAUUAUUAGAAUUACAAUUAUUCCUAUAAAGCCAGUACCUUACACCUCCAAAACACCAGAUUUGUGUAAUUUACCUCUUCUCGGAAUAUCCUGACCAAUGCCUCCAACUACAUACCAAGUUCAGUAACCCAGCUCUAUAAAUACUGUCCUUUGUUCCUUUGACUAUAAUGCCUGAUUAGGGUUUCCCAAGCGGGAUGUAGAUUAACCCUAAAAGUAUAUAUGUAUAUGAUCCUGUGUUUGAUGGCUUUCAUGAUGGUAAGAUUUUUGGCGUGACAGCCCAUCGCUUUGGCUCUCCAAUCUCAAUUUAUUUGAGGCUCCCUCAGACAGUGGGGUCAAUGCCUGUGUGUGCAUUGGGAGAAAGUGUCGCCCUCGGUGAGUUUCCCGACCAUAGCUUCUCGGUGUUACUUCUUUAAUUGGCAGUCGUGAAACUGAAAAGCCUAUCGGUUAUGUGAAUGACCUAUGCAGUCAUAAAAAAAUUACUUGCAGCCUCAACAGUUGAUAAACAUGUCAACCUUUGGGGGUGGGGAGAAGUUGAUCAGGCGCCCUGUCUUCAGUUAAGAGAUGCCAGUUUGUAGGUUUAGUCUGUGCUCUCUUGCUGACAUUGGUCACUGAAUACAACAGCCCUAACACAGCAAGGUUAAUACAUUCCGAGAUAUUUUUUUAUGUAUAUUAUUUUAUAAUUGCAAUAUAUCACCGUGAACUAAAUGCCAAAGUACACCAGCAAAUUUUUUUGUUAAACAAAAGAGUUAUAAAUGAGUGUGCCGAUUAUUCCGUAGACGUGAAACCAACGCAUUGUUGAGGCUGAGUGAUGUCACUGGAAACACAACAGAUUUGUUGCACAAUGGCUGUGACGCCGCACACAAGUUGCGUGACAUGCAUGUAAUUACAAAGUGUUUAAGUGUUUAACGUUUGUCAACAAUAAAGCAAGCACAACGUAGUUC